UGUGAUGGGAGGUGGCGAUAGAGAUCCUCGUUUCUCUGAAGAUGAAGAGAUCCAGUUGGAUGACGAGGUGGCAGAAGACGAUAUUCUCUCUCGGACCGUGGAACAACAACAGCAGAAUUCCAGGACCGUGGUACAACUACAAGAACUACGCGGAUCUCUAGGCGGUUCAGCAACAUCCAGUGUCUCCGGUUCGUCUCGACGUGUUGCUAACCAGGGACUUUCUGGGCCUAUGGGGCUUAGUGCGAGCACCUCAAAAUUGGACCAGAUGAGCUUGAGCAUGAGCUCCAUUGCUAACGAUAAUGAUGGAAGAGAUCGACAGCGAUUGCCAGACUCCCACGUUGGCGCAGUGGAGCGACGACGACGCCGCAUCGAAAAGGAGCAUGCUCGUUCUCUAGACAAGAUUACUGGCAGUUAUUCCGCUCAGGGGUUAGAGCAUCUCCACUCCCAUUUUGGCGUGGACGACGUGCAUCAUGGCGGUUCGCAACCACCAGUGUGGACCAGCUUUCGAGCAAAAGAAAAUCGGGCUCACUACUUGGAUUAUGACUUAUUUUUACUUCUUGGUACGUAGUCUCAUCUUCACAUUUUCAUCACAGCGUUUAGUCUCAACACAACAAGGUGGUAGUAGACGCGAAUAUACGCUUUCAACACAUGAUGUUGAUGACAUUAAUUUUAGAUCUAAAAAAAGGUCUGGUUAGAGUUCUGGUUCUCUUCCUCCAAUCUGCUCCAUCCAUCAUCCUCCUUUUCUAAAGGCCACACACGCGCAAAGUGAAGAAGCACAUUUACAUUCCGGGCGUUCGAGAUGAGAAUGGCCACCAAACCGUGAAAAAGGUGAACUACCGCAACGACGGCCGUUCUGCUGAAGAUUUUGCCAGGACUACCUUGGUCGAUUCAGUCAUUGCUGAUGAUGGCAGCGCGCAACUAGGGGAUGACGUAACAAAGCUUGCGUUUCGGAACAGUAGAAGCUUUUCUGUUGGUCCGAAUGGGGAGAUGAAGAGCGAUCCGUUGCAGCUUCGGUUUGAGUCGAGUCGCGCUAUGGAAGAUCGCAAGAAGGGCACACCCAAGAUGAAACAAUUACGGCUCCUUUUUAGUACUGUUGUAACUGCUCUUGAGAUGAACAUCCUAUUGGGAUCCUAUCAGAAACUGUUUUGUCUUGCCGAUCAUGGUACUAGACGAGAGUGAGCAUUUGAGACACCACGGUGAUGGUUGCCCUCUUUUGUAAGGUGAAAACACGUAAUGACUGCAAUUGUAGGAGAGUAAGAGGAAUAUCUAUAUCUGCUAAAAAAGACGAACAACUUGGCGUGGAACCCACAUGCUA